AUGUUUGAAGAUGGGAUGGAUCCAUUGUUAGAUCGAAACUGUGCGGACAGUGGAGAUGAGUGGGAACCACCGGCAAAGGUCACAGCUCGACCUGCCCCAUUCACACCCGGACCUCCCCUCGUUGAGAACACUCCUACAGUCAGUAGAGGGAGGGGGAGAACAAGGAGCAGAGGUGCUACACGGACCACUGUUCCUCCAACUCUGCCUAAUGGAAGUUCAGAACGCUGGAAAAAUUUUGACGAACGGGACAGUGUGUCCAGACAAUUCCCUUUCCGACCCGCGAGAGAACCUGGACCUCAGCCUAGGAGCAGACGACAUGCUACUCUCUUGGAUUUCUUCAAGCUGCUCUUUACAGACACUAUUCUAGCUUCACUGCUGGAGAAUAUGAACGCGUUUGGCUCCCACCAAAAUGAAAACUGGGCCGCAGUUACCAUGACAGACUUCUAUUCCUUUUUGGCGGUGGUCCUUCAUAUGGGAAUUGUCAAGCUUCCUGAAAUGGGUUCUUAUUGGAGGCAGCAUCGUUUGUACAACCUGCCGUUUCCUUCCGCUGCAAUGUCCAGGAACAAGUUCAUGCGAAUGUGCCGCUCUUUGCAUCUGUGUUCGAUGGAGGACGAUGCUCGAAACCAGGCGCUGAGAGGAACUCCACACUACGACCGUUUGGCUAAAGUAAGACCUCUGUACGAACAGAUCGUCACAGCCUGCAGAGAUAACUAUCACCCCAACCUCAACAUCUCCAUUGAUCAACUGGGCUCAGGGUACCACCUGUAUGUGGACGACUUCUACACAAGCCCUCAUCUGUUCAGAGACUUGUUUGCACGACAGAUCGGGGCGUGUGGUGCCAUUAGAACAAAUCGCAUUGGAUUUCCCAGAACCACCCGUAAUGAUCUGAGCAGAGGUGAUCCUCGAGGCAGCGUCCGUUGGAUCCGGGAGAAUGAGCUGCUGUUUGUGAAGUGGAAGGACACGCAAGAGGAGGCGUUCUGUUCGACACUACACACGGUGUUCAGUGGAGACACCGCGUUCCGCCGCCAAAGACAAGAGGGAACAUGGUCUCUGCUCAACAUGCCCAUCCCAGCCGCAGUCAAAGACUACCACAGCCAUGUGGGAGGCGUCGACCAGUCGGACGCACUCAUUGGCUGUUACACUGUGCUGCACGGAACAAGGAAGUGGUACCGCACACUGUUCUUCCAUUUCCUGGACAUCGCAGUCGUGAAUGCCUCCAUCCUGUACAACGCCGCUUACCCAGACAGGAAACUCAGCCAGUUACAUUUUCGAGAGGAACUUAUUUCUCAGCUGCAUCAGCGCGGUAGUCUUUCAACCUCAACAAACCGUCCUCAGACUCAGAGCGCCACGACCACACACAUCCCUGUGUUCUUCAGUGAAGGGAAGGACAUCAACAAAGCGAAUGCCGCCUCGAUCGGCAGACGACACUGUAAACUUUGCCACAUGAGGACGCCGCUGGGAUGUGAGACGUGUAACGUUCCUCUGUGCGUUCAACCAACCAGGAACUGCUACCAACAGUGGCACCAGGACCAAGGACUGCUCUGA